AUGGGAAGAGCAGUGCAAGCGACCAUGGCGACGAGAGGUCUGGUGAGGCUCUGCUGCUUCCUCUCAGCAGUUCUUCUGCUCUCGUUCAUCGUCCCCAGCGCCCUCGCCGAGGAACGCUUCUAUGAGUUCGUGGUCAAGGAGACGACGGUGAAGCGUCUGUGCCAGACGAACAAGAUCAUCACGGUGAACGGGCAGUUCCCGGGUCCGACCAUCGAGGUGAACAGCGGCGACACGCUGGUGAUCAGGGCGGUGAACAUGGCGCAGUACAACGUGACCCUUCACUGGCACGGCCUCCGGCAGCUGCGCAACGGCUGGGCGGACGGGCCGGAGUUCGUGACGCAGUGCCCCAUCCGGCCGGGAUCCAGCUACACGUACCGCUACACCACCGAGGGGCAGGAGGGCACGCUGUGGUGGCACGCCCACAGCUCCUGGCUCCGCGCCACCGUCCACGGCGCGCUCAUCAUCCACCCCAAGAAGGGGCUGCCAUACCCGUUCCCCAAGCCCGCCAAGGAGUUCCCCGUCCUCCUCGCCGAGUGGUGGAGGAGGGACCCGAUCUCGGUGAUCAGGCAGUCCAUGAUCACCGGCGCGCCGCCCAACAUCUCCGACACCAUCCUCAUCAACGGCCAGCCCGGAGAUUUCCUCCCGUGCUCCAGCCAAGAGACGAGCAUCAUCCCGGUGGUCGCCGGCGAGACGAACCUGCUGCGCAUCAUGAAUGCGGCCAUGAACUCCGAGCUCUUCGUAUCCCUCGCCGGCCACAAGAUGACCGUGGUCGCCGCCGACGCCCAGUACACCAAGCCCUUCCAGACCAACGUCGUGCUCGUCGGCCCCGGCCAGACCACGGACGUCCUCGUCACUGCCAACGCCGCCCCUGGCCGCUACUACCUUACCGCCCGCGUCUACGCCUCCGCCCAGGGCGUCCCCUUCGACAACACCACAGCCACCGCCAUCUUCCAGUACAAGAACGCACCCGGCUGCGCCGAAACCAGUACCGGCGCCAAUGCCGGCUUCAGCGGCCCACAGGGCCGUCCCCGAUCCUCCGGCCAUCCGGGCCGCACAGGGCCGGCACCGAUGCUCCCGUACAUGCCGGCGAACAACGACACAAACGCGGCGACCAUGUUCUCGAACAGCAUCCGGAGCCCGGGGCCGGUGAAGGUGCCCGGACCGGUGACGCAGGAGGUGUUCACCACGAUCGGGUUCGGCCUGUUCAACUGCCGGCCGGGCCCGUUCUGCCAGGGCCCCAACAACACCAGGUUCGGCGCGAGCAUGAACAACGUCUCGUUCCAGCUCCCCAACAUGGUGUCGCUACUGCAGGCGCACUACCACCACAUCCCCGGCGUCUUCACCGAGGACUUCCCUGCGUUCCCGCCGGUGAUCUUCGACUUCACCUCGCAGAACAUCCCGCGCGCGCUGUGGCAGCCCGUGAAGGGCACCCGGCUGUACCGCGUCAAGUUCGGCGCCGUGGUGCAGAUCGUGUUCCAGGACACGGGCAUCUUCGCCGCCGAGGAGCACCCGAUGCACAUCCACGGCUACCACUUUUACGUGCUCGCCACCGGGUUCGGCAACUACAACCCCAGGCGGGACGAGGCCAAGUUCAACAUGGUCGACCCGCCCAGCCGGAACACCAUUGGCGUGCCUGUGGGAGGGUGGGCCGUGGUGCGCUUCAAGGCGGACAACCCCGGCGUAUGGCUGGUGCACUGCCACAUCGACGCGCAUCUCACCGGUGGGCUCGCCAUGGCGCUGGUGGUGGAGGACGGCAAGGCCGAGCUCGAGUCCACGGUGCCGCCACCGCUCGACCUGCCCAUCUGCGGCCUGUAG